AUGACGUUCCUUGUACUUCUAGUGCGACAACAUUCUGUUGCAAUAAAGGCGAUAUCUGAAUGUCGAAUGGUCUAUGCUACCUACAAGGGAAGCGUGGUGCCUUAUAACAAGAACUCUGGCUUCCCAAUUGUCGCAGCCCAGUACAAUGGAAAUAAGACUGUGCACUGCUGUGGCACGACUGCUUUGGAGAACGCCACCGUCGGCUGCGGAAACUUCAAAUAA